UAUAACUAUUCGAGUAUUAGAUACUGGAGAUCCUGUUGUAUAUUCCUAUCCUGAAAACAUGACAGCCAAUACUGAUUUUGGUCAGCCUACUGCUGUUGUCAAUUGGACAGCUCCAAAUGCAACAGAUAAUUCUGGAAUUGUUCUAUUUUCUUAUGAAACAAAUGGAACUUCAUUUAAUAGCCCAUCUUACAACUUCCCCAUAGGCCUCAGCGAAGUAGCAGUAACUGUUGCAGACCCAUCUGGAAACAAUGUGACAGGCGAAUUUUACAUUACAGUUCAAGAUAUGGAAAAUCCAAACAUCACAUGCCCAAAAAAUUCCUCAAAUUAUUAUUCCAGCCUCUCCCCCGAUGCUUGGGUAGUAAACACCGAUGUUGGAAAAAUGUUUGCAGCUGUAUUUUGGAACAUGCCUGAUGUCAGUGACAAUAGUGGCGAAACUAGUCUCUCCGAUCCAUCAUACUUCAGUGGAGAUAUCUUCAAUGUAACAGAGAAUUAUACUGUUGUGUAUACUGUAUCUGACCCCUCCGGCAACAAAAAUAAUUGCUCAUUUACAAUUGUUGUUAAGGACAAAGAACCACCUGUUCCAAGUUGUCCAUCACUAGUUACUGGUGUGACCGAUGAGGGAAAAACGAAUGGCACCGUCAGCUACAACCUUACUGUCACUGAUAAUGUUCAAGUUGCCAUGUUCUCAACCAACUAUACAGACAUUGAUCCAGAUAACAUGACAAUUGAUGCAGCUUAUUAUGCUAUUGAGACUAUUGGUGUAUUUCCAAUUGGAGAAACUAUAAUUGAAUACAUCUUCACUGACAAUGGAUCGCCUACAGGAAAUGAAGCUACAUGCUAUGUCACAAUACAAAUUGAGGAUCAAGAGAACCCUGAGAUUGUAGAUUGUCCAAUGGAUAUAACAGUUAACACAACAAAUGGGGAACCAGUUGCUAUCAACGUCAAAUGGACGGAGCCAACAGCUACUGAUAACUCUGGAGAAACACCAGAACCAGAGUCUGAUUACACCUCUGGUGACAAUAUUUUUGUGAUUGGUAACACAACAGUGCAGUACAAUGCAACAGAUUCAAGUGGUAACUUCAAUGAUCGCUGCAGGUUUACUGUCGCUGUUGAAGAUAAUGAGCCUCCGGUUAUAACUUGUCCUACAAAUAUUACUUCAAACAACUUCAUCGCUGACUCUUUUGGUUUAAUAAAUGUGAACACAGAUGAAGGAAGUCCAAAUUCUACUGUCACAUGGGAUCAGCCUGUCACAAGUGACAAUAGUAAUGAAAAUGUGACGGUAGUGUCGUCACCAUACCAAUCAGGUGAUAUGAUACCAAUCGGAAACUCUUUUAUUGAGAUUGUCUUUACGGCAACUGAUUCUUAUGGUAAUGCUGAUAUGUGUGUAUUUACUAUCCAAGUCCAAGACAAAGAACUACCUGUUCCAAGUUGUCCAUCACUAGUUACUGGUGUGACUGAUGAGGGAAAACCAAAUGGCACCAUCAUCUACAACCUUACUGUCACUGAUAAUGUUCAAGUUGCCAUGUUCUCAACCAACUAUACAGACAUCGAUCCAGAUAGCAUGACAAUUGAUGCAGCUUAUGAUGUUACUGUCACUACUGGUGUAUUUCCAAUUGGAGAAACUACAGUUGAAUACAUCUUCACUGACAAUGGAUCGCCUACAGGAAAUGAAGCCACGUGUUAUGUCACAAUACAAAUUGAAGAUCAAGAGAACCCUGAGAUUGUAGAUUGUCCAAUGGAUAUAACAGUUAACACAACAAAUGGGGAACCAGUUGCUAUCAACGUCACAUGGUUGGAGCCAUCAGCUUCUGAUAAUUCUGGAGAGACACCAGAACCAGAGUCUGACUACACCUCUGGUGAAAAUAUGUUUGUGAUUGGUGACACAACAGUGCAGUACAAUGCAUCAGAUUCAAGUGGUAACUUCAAUGAUCGCUGCAGGUUUACUGUCACUGUUGAAGAUAAUGAAGACCCAGUGUUUGAUUGCCCUGAUGACAUCAGCAUGAUGUUAACAGACUCAUCCCAAUUUUACUCCACGGUAUAUUGGAAUGUAUCAGCAACUGAUAAUUCAGGCACUGUAAACUUGAAUUGUACAAAACAGUCUGGUGACCAGUUUAAUGCUAUUUGGCCAAUUAAACCCCAGAAUGUAACUUGUAUAGCUGAGGAUCCAUCUGGCAAUGCUGCCUUUUGCUAUUUUUCUGUAACAGUAUAUGAUGAGGAAAAUCCAGAAAUAAUGUGUCCAAGUGACUUCAAUGUAACAACAGAUGCUGGACUACCUACUUCUUUCAUCAACUGGACAGUCAGCUAUACUGAUAAUACAGAUGAUCUGUAUGAUGUCACAGUAACAGGAUCUGGUGCAAGUUACAAUCAAUCAGGAGAAGCUUUUCCUAUUGGAACAACAACACUUAAGUAUACAGUAACAGAUGUGUUUGGAAACAAUGAAAGCUGUACUUUCAUGGUCAUCGUAAAAGAUGAAGAAGAUCCAAAUAUCAUUGGAUGUCCUAGUAAAAUUACUGUGAAUACUACUGCUAUGUUACCAUAUGCUAAUGUGACAUGGAUAGCUCUUAAUGCCACAGAUAAUUCAGGGAAUGUUACCUUGGUUUCUACACAUGAUUCUGGUGAUGGGUUUGGUUUGACAACUACAACUGUUGUGUACACUGCUACUGAUCCACAUGGUAACCAAGCAAUUUGCUCCUUUAAUGUCACUGUGUCAGAUAUGGAACCUCCAGUUUUAUAUAAUUGUCCAAAUGACACAGUUAUUGGAACAGAUACGGGCCUUGCAACUCGUAAUUACAGUUGGACAGCACCAACAGCUGACGAUAAUGCCGAUGAUAAUCCAUGGAUAUCCUCAAACAUCUAUUCACCUCACGUGUUUGAAAUUGGUGUGCACAACAUCACAUUUAAUGCUACUGAUGACUCUGGCAAUGUUGCAACUUGUAGCUUUACUGUAGAUGUCAGAGAUAUGGAGCCCCCAUCAUUUAAUGGUACAUGCCCUUCCAGUCCAUUAGAGGUACCAACAGAUACUAGAGAUGACAGACCGUUUGGUGAAAUGUUUGCAACUGUGACGUGGAAUAUACCAACAGCAAUUGACAAUGUGAAUGUGACGAUGAUUACUAACAACAGUUAUCCUGGUCUUCAAGUGUAUUUCAAUUUGAGCUCUUUGUAUGAUCUGAAUGUAACAUAUAUUGCGUUUGAUGAAGCUGGAAAUAAAGAAUUGUGCAACUUUUUAGUUAAAGUCAUUGAUGUUGAAAAUCCCUUCUACUAUAACUGUGAUAACACAAGUGGUGCAGCUGAUGUUACCCUUAACACAUCUGUAGGUGUUGAUUAUGCACCAUAUUCUUGGUCACAACCCAUAUCAGGUGACAACAUUUUAAUUGAUACAGCUAGGUCAUCACCAAAUAUGUCACCAGGUCAAGACUUCAGUAUAGGUGUCACUGAUGUUGUUGACUUCAUAUAUGAUACAUCUGGCAACAAAGCUAGUUGUAAUUUUACAGUUACUGUUAUAGAUGUAGAGAAUCCUGUUAUUGCAAACUGUCCGAAUAAUACAGCAAAUUCAACAGCACCAGGCAAAAUGUAUGCAAAUAUUACUUGGUCUCCAGAGCCUACAGUUACAGAUAAUGUUAUGGUAAAGGAGUUUAAUCAAACCCAUAGUCCUGGAGAUAGUUUUGAUGUUGGUGUGACUACAGUGACAUACAUAGCAGUUGAUCCUUCAGGAAAUGAAGACAAAUGUGUUUUUAAUGUAACAAUAGAAGAUUUGGAAGACCCAGUUAUAUCCAACUGUCCAAAUGACAUUCAUCAGAAUACAGAUAGCAUGGAACCGACAGCAGUAGUGAAUUGGACUGAGCCUACUGCUGUGGACAACGAUCGUGUUGAACGCUUCGUAAGAAACUUUGAUUCGGGGGAUGCAUUUGUCAUUGGCAUUACAGAGGUCAACUACACUGCAAUUGAUCCUUCAGGCAAUGUGGACAUAUGUUCAUUUUUAGUAAACAUUACCGACAACGAAGACCCACACUUUGAUUGCCCUGAUGACAUCAAUAUGACAUUGACAGAUUUAUUCCAAAUUUACUCCACUAUAUAUUGGAAUGUAUCAGUUACUGAUAAUUCAGGCACUGUAAACAUGAAUUGUACAAAACAGUCUGGUGACCAGUUUAAUGCUAUUUGGCCAAUUAAACCCCAGAAUGUAACUUGUAUAGCUGAGGAUCCAUCCGGCAAUGCUGCUUUUUGCUUUUUCUCUGUAACAGUUUAUGAUGAAGAAAAUCCUGAAAUAAUGUGUCCAAGUGACUUCAAUGUAACAACAGAUGCUGGACUACCUACUUCUUUCAUCAACUGGACAGUCACCUAUACUGAUAAUACAGAUGAUCUGUAUGAUGUCACAGUAACAGGAUCUGGUACAAGUUACAAUCAAUCAGGAGAAGCCUUUCCUAUUGGAACAACAACACUUGAGUAUACAGCAACAGAUAUGUUUGGAAACAAUGAAAGCUGUACAUUCAUGGUAAUCGUAAAAG